UACAAACCAGUUUUUCAGUGGUAUCAUGGUCUGUGGUGGUAUUUCACUAUAUAGUGGCGAUUCAGAACCACCAAACUAUGUUUAUGGUUUCUUUUGGAACAUAUCUUAUUCAUCUCUUAUCACAAUCCAUUGAAUGCAUGAGUGACGUCACAGCCACCCACCGAUGGAUGUUUUGAUUUUGAACAUUUUACAGAAUUUUUAAGGUUAAGAAAAUUCUAAAUAGAAAUUGGUAAUUUCCAGUGAUAGAUCAAAGAAAGUUAAGAAUACUAAAUUAAAAUGGGUGAAGUAGACAUCGAAUGGCCGUGGCAGUAUAAUUUCCCACCGUUUUUUACUCUUCAGCCACACCCUGAAACAAGAUCUAAACAAGUCGCAGCUUGGAAAUCUUUAAUCUUGAAUUAUUGCGAUAAAAGUAGAACCUAUAUUAUAGAUGUUAGAGAAGCUAGUCAAAUACCUCUGUUCAAUAAUUCUUCUAUCAAUAGAAAGUUGGAACAAAGCGUAAUCAUAUCAAUAUUUGGUGAGCUGCAGAAAACUGGAAAUGCCGCACCAAUUGAUAAACUGAAGAAUCGAUGGGAAAUUUACUGGCACACGAUAGAAGAAUGGGCAUCAACAAUUUAUAAUUCCAUUUGUGACCGAGGCAUGGCAAAUACUGUAGUUACUCUAUAUGAACUGACACAAGGGGAAGAUUUUGCCGAGGAAUUAUUUUAUGGAAUGCAUCAGGGUGUAUUGAUAAAGAUACUGAAGUUUUUAGAAAAGGAGAGAAAGUGUGAAGUGAUAUUGGAUGAUGAUGUCCAAGGAGUGAAAUUUUUUUAGGAUGUUAUUGUUAUGCCUUAUAUAAUUAUUUUUCAAAUAUAUUUAUCGACUUCGAAAAUUACUUUCCGUUGAAUAAGUCUGUACAGAAUUUCAAUGACUUUUUCAUGGGAUCUUGGAGGAGGAUUACUAACAACCAAUGUUAUGGAAGCCAACAUUAAUAUUCAUGUAAACAUCAUUUUUGUCAGCUCGUAUUACAUAUGAUAAAUUUAUGAACAGUUA